AUGAAGCGGCUGGCGUCGUCCACGGCAAGGCAUGUAAGGCAUGCCACCUUCAACAGCAGGCGUUCAACAUGGAAAUAUCAAGUCGCAACUGGACCGAGCCUAUCAGAAUUUCUCCCUGAAGCUGCAACUCAAAAGACGGUAGCCAGCCCCGCAGAUCCACUUAAGCAGCUUCGCCAGCUUUUGGCUGAAUUUAAAGAGAUGCCAGAACGGAAUUUAGCCCAAAUAGUUGACCAAUUUGGACGUCAACAUACAUAUUUACGUAUCUCUCUGACUGAACGUUGCAACUUGCGUUGUCGAUACUGCAUGCCCGAGGAUGGAGUGACUUUACAAUCAUUCGAAAAUCUUCUAACCACAUCCGAGAUCAUUCGAUUGGUCAGUCUAUUUGCUUCUUCAGGUGUCAAGAGGAUACGAUUGACGGGUGGGGAACCGCUAUUACGACGAGACGUAGUGGAGCUUGUAGCUCAAUUACGGGCUGUUCCAGGUAUCGAAUCUGUAGGCAUCACAACCAAUGGAUUAUCUCUUCAAAAGAAGCUCCGAGCGUUGCAAGAGGCAGGUGUGGAUCGAAUCAAUAUCAGCCUCGAUACGUUGCAACCAGAUAAAUUCAUGCACAUCACUAGGCGACAGGGAUUGACACGCGUGAUGAAAUCGAUUGUCGAAGCGCAAGUCCUCGGUUUCUCACCUCUUAAGAUCAAUUGCGUGGUACAACGGCACUUCAACUUGGAUGAAAUCGUGGAUUUUGUUGGUUUGACAGAACUAAAUAGAGUGGACGUGCGAUUUAUCGAGUGGAUGCCAUUUGAUAGUAAUAGGUGGAACGACGAAGCAUUUGUACCGUUUAAAGAAAUGAUGGGACUGAUCCAAACGAAAUUUCCUACAGUGAAGAAGCUGAAAGACGGAUCAAAUGAUACUUCAAAAGCUUUCUGGAUUCCUGGAUUUAAAGGACAAUUUGGCUUUAUCACAUCUAUGAGUGAACAUUUUUGUGGCUCGUGCAAUCGACUUCGUUUGACUGCCGACGGACACUUGAAGGUUUGUCUGUUCGGCAAUACUGAGGUCAACUUGCGGGAUGCAAUGCGCUACGGAUUUGCCGACAAUGAUAUACGCGCCAUUGUUGAUAUGGCAGUAAAACGUAAGAAGUUUGCACUUGGUGGUCAUGGUGAUAUGUAUGGCUUAUCAAGGGCAAAGAAUCGCCCAAUGAUUUUGAUUGGAGGCUAA